AAUUUUUCUACACUUUUUGUUCACCUCGGAUAUACACAAUGAAGAAGGACGCAGUUGAAUUUCGAAGGAAUCGCUUGACAGGGAAUAAAAAAACGUCUACUGCAUGAUAAUGUUGUGCCCACCAUCUGCUACAUACAAUGGCGUGAUAUGGAAGCUUUCGUGCCUCUACCUCUAGUAUUUUCUUGUGGGCUGUUUUUGAGAAGAGAUGGAAGCAAGGAAGCUGCUUACCAUCGUUCUACUCAGCGCUCAUUUAACCACGUUGGAAUGCUGCUUGAAAUGUCUGCCAAAGAAAUACAACAUACGAAAGUUUAUAUGGACAAAAGCCCCCAUAUGGACGUAUCUUACCACAGAUAGCAGAGAAUGUUUGUGUCAAGUGGACGUAAUGCAAUCUAUGAGCGAAAAAGACAUUACUUUCACUCACAACUAUCUUGACAAGCAUGAACACAGGAGACACCAGAAACUGGUUGGAGUUUUGGAUAAAAAGAAUGUCAUGUAUGUCCACGUUUUCGGAAGUAGGCUUAAAGUGAAAGAAGAAAUUGAAUAUUUUGAUAAGGUCCACAAUUGUGCUGUGAUUGAUGUCCUGUCAAUGUCUUCCUUUAUUGGUGAUAUCAACAGAUACGACCUGCGAGUUUGGAACUCAUCCAACGUAGCCACUUCUGCUCAACCGUGUCUUCAAGCGUUCAAGAAAGCAACACAGCGAGGACACCUCAUUUACAAAAAUUUUUGCCAGAACAUAUUACAGAAACCAUUGCAGACCAUGGAUUUUAAAGAACAGCGAAUCCCAUUGCAGUCUUUUUGUAGCAACGUAGCAUGACUUACAAAUGCCAGAAGGAAGCACCUAAUGAAAGCACUUAGCACGCAAAAUUAUUGCAUUGAAAUAAUACACAUUUCACAGUGGUGCGUAUUCUGCGUUGAAAGAAAGCGAAGGGUGCACAUAAGAUAUUGUUAGUGAGGCAUAAGAUAGUCAUCACAUCAGAAAUAAUGUUACGUUGACAGUUAACCGCAGCCGAAAAUGAAGGUUAGCCGCAAUACCAAUCUUGCAUCCUAAUUCGCAUUGCCUAAAGAGUAUUUGCGCUCUCUAUGACAUCGGUGUUCUGUUUUCCGCGCGCGGCGUCAGUUAACUAUUAACUGCCCACCUGUUCGAGGCAAGGUUGGCAAAGGAGCUUGCACUGCCGAGAGCAAGUCAGUCAGUGGAAUGUAAUUCAGUCGCUGUACAUAGUCUGUCCUUCUCGUGCGGACGGUGCUACGUACAUAGGUCAAUUAGAAAGACGGAUAUUUGUCAUAAUAAAGGAACGUGAAACUAGAAAAAAAGAACAACAAAUCGACUUUUCUUAACCUGUACUCCCGUGCAUGCGGUUUGUGCCCUACAUGAGUAAGACUAACGUCAUUGCGAGAAAUAAACAAACGCUUGAUCAUUGAAGCUUACCACAGUCGGAAAACACAAGACAGAUGCGUCAGCCAUACAUCAAUCGAGUUAACAGAAAGAAAUGCAGUAUUGUAACAAUUUGCGAAUGCGCUGGUUGUGUGACCACGCUCAACGAUGUGGCAUGCUCAAAAUGAAUAUUUUCUGUGGUUGCGCAUGCGUUUUUAAUGCUUUUUGUAUUCUUGCACUAUGAUAAAUUUUCCAUACAUAUUUUGUUAGGUUUUCAAUAAAAAUAAGUUGCGAGUUCA